AUGUACCUUAUCCUGCUAGUUUGUUUCGAUGACAAGUUCGCAGGAGUGAGUAAGAGUGAAGAAUUGUCUGUAAGAGUUUCUUUGACGGUCAUACAAUCAGAAGCGAUGAUUUUGUUGUUUUUGGUCAUUCUCACGUCCUUCACUUCUCAACAGAGUAGCGCGUUCAAGAUGGCUCUUUUCGUACCCGAUCUUGCCAACAGCCAGGUGCUUUUUAAUGCCCGAGUGGCGGAAACACUGGCAAAAGGCGGUCACGAUGUUACGAUGGUGAUGAUUUCAAGUGUGGUUGGUCAAAAUUCGGAAGAUGUGAGGAUCAUGGAAGGAGUUAAAGGCAUGUGA